AUGUGGUGGGUGCGGCGCGGGAGAAACACCGCCGCCCGCCGCCCCCUUCCCUCGGAUGUAGAGGCGGGUUGUUCGUGUGAACUCGAGCGAACGACUAGAGGUUGGCUGUUGCAGGUUCACUCCAGUCGUUCCCAAAUUCGGGGCCAAAUUCGGGACGUCGGGGUGGCAGCCUCGCGCCCGCACAGCCUCGUGGGGCCCGCCCACGGAGCACCCCGCGGCCGCCCGCGCGUCCAGCUCUCCGGUGGCUUCUCCCGCGCUCGUGCGGGUGCGGGCCGAGCUCGGCGUCUGCAGCUCGCUGGAUGGGGGGGCCGAGGCGCGCCGGUGCAGAGGGCCGGGUCGUGCCGAGGCCACAUCCCAUCCUCCUGUGUGGGACCAGCCGGCCCUCUGCCACCCGAGAAGCGAGGGCUCACAUCCCGGGGCCGUCCGGAGCGAGAGGAGUCAAGCUGGGGUGAUCGCGGACAGGAACGAGGGGACGAGGAGCAGAAUGGGCCAGAAAGAGCCCCGCCACGCGCCCUCGCGGCGGGGCUCCGCAAUGGGAACCCCUGUCAACCGCCGCAGGGACCGGGGCUCCGGCGCAGAGGCACCGGCCGUACGUCUGGAAGGGGGAAUCCCCAGUACGGAGUGGCAUGGAUGCCCCUUUGUGUGACUAAAUUUGGCAAGAAUAUGGAUCCGAGCCAGUCUUUCCACGUGUGCUCCCAGCUCCCAGCUGAGAAGGCCAAGGGUUCUCUUCCGGGAAAACCAAUUCGGCUAUUAAGGGAACCUCUCAACAGAGCAGAGGAGGAGAAGGCAAGGUUUCAGAAAGAAGAGCUGUUUACCAUCAAAGCAAACUGGGUUCCACACAGACAUAGCGUAUCAUACACAAAGACAAAGUUCUGGAGGUCGGAGGUCCAAAAUGAGUCUCACUGGGCUAAAAUCCAGGAGUUGGCAGGGCUGUGUUCCCUUCUGGAGGCUCUACGGAGGAGAAUCUGUUUCCUCGCCUUGUCCAGCUUCCAGAGGCCGCCUGCGUGCCUUGGCUGGUGGCCCCUGUCUUCGUCUUUGCAGCGGGCAGAGCCACCCCUUGCUGCAAAGAUGUCUAAGACAGGAUUAUUAAUUGGAUACCUUGCUCCUUUGGCAACACUGGAGUUCUGUUAGCAAGUAAAUAGGAAAGAAUGGACACCAGAUCUGCUGAAUAUAUAAACUGUUUUGGGGAAAAGACAGGCCUGCUCAGCCUAUGAAGUUUCCUAUCUAAAAGUUAAUCUUCUGAAAUUCCUUAGGAAUUUAAGGAAACCUAAUCUUUUGGUGUGUCAACAAAAGGGCCUGAGUAUAUUGCUUUCCCUCUGACAUUCAGGAGCCUCAGAGUGCCCGAGUGGCCCCUAGCAGGAGCUGGUGCUUACCAUGGCCAAGCAAAUCCAGCCAUUCUUGUUUGGUUGCCUAUUAAGUAAUUACCUUUGGGAAACUUCACCUCUGCCAUUAAAAAUUCUCUUUCUCUCUUAAGAGAGCUUGAAAGAUGUGGGGGUGAAUUGAGGAGGGGAGGCGUAAUAUCCUUGAAGAGGAAAGUUAAAAGGAACUGGGAUUUGGUUAAAAUAGAAGUUUAGAUUAUCAAGGGAGCAGGUUAUUGAGGGAGAGAAGAAGAGUCAUAGUUUAAAAAACACGUUGAUAUUUUACAUGUUUCAGUGAGUGCUUCAUCUCUAUUUUCGCCAAGGAAAAUAAAUGCAUUUAAUGGAUUUUUAAAAGUUUUCAAUAGUCUAUUUAUUAGAAAGAAAAAAGAACUUGUAAAACAGUCUCUUAUGGUAUGCUAGUAAAUGCUCAAAAACUGGCUGUCUCAGCGAGGGGAGGGCCUGCCCUGAUCUGUAGCGUUUGUCAAUUUCCUUGGUGUAAAUGCUCCCAUGAUGGUGGAUCCUAUAAAUGUAAAAAUGUGAAGCUGGGGAGAGACGUAGAGAAACACACCAUUAUUCUUUCCAUCGUACAGUUCCAAUAAAUGGAGAUAACCCGAGGAAUGUAGACAACAGUAAAAAGUUGUAAAACAAACAAACAAGGAAGUGAUGAGUUCUGAGUACUUUUUAUCUUUGUUUUUAAUCCAACUUAAUUAUAAGUUUAUAUAAAUUAAUUUUUAAUUCUGACUGUGUUUAACAACCAGCUCACAACUUUUCCUGAACAUUUAAGGUGGCUCUCAAGAACCAGUAUAAGCUCGUUCUAGCAUGUCACUAAAUACAUGUAUGGUAUCUGUGGAAAGGGGUUUGGAAGGUCACAUCCCAAAUUACUGACCGUGGUAAUUACCUCUUGGUGGGGAGUUGUCAUGGUAUGUGGAAGGGGACCUAUGUGCGUGCGUUACUCUGUAUACUUUUGUGUGUAUUGCUAGUAUAAUAAAAGUGAAUACAAGAUGGUUUUUAUAAAA